UCGUGGAUGUGUCAAGAUCUCCCCCUAGUGGUGAAUCUUUCGAUUGAAAUGUCAAACCAAUAUUCAAGCCAUACGAACAUUGGCCAAAAUUGACCGAAGUUAAAUGGCACGCAAGUCCCUUAUAUGUAGGUUAUGUGGUAAAUGUCGUCUUCAUUGUUAACUUCACAUUAUUAUCAGGGUGAAACACCAUUGAAGAGAGAACUUUUGCUGAACGCUAGAGGACUCUCGUGACCAGCAAGACAAAGUGUUAAAAGGUCGAGCCCGACUUUUGCCCAGCCCUUUGGUCUAUUCAGCAAUACAUUAGUUCCACGCCCACUUGUUUUUCUUUAUCAAUAGAUUUCAUUGGCUCGCAACAUUGUCAAACUAUUCAGGCUUUGGUUUUUAAAAUGGUAUCAAAUUAUUGAGACGUCCUUGUCGUUAACUACAACCCUCCACGCUUCCUGGUGUCAGUGUUGACCGAGCAUUCUCUCCCUGUAGAUGGAGAAAAAUUAGGGGUGGCGGAUUACCCCAUUUUAAACUUGAUUCUAUGGCGAUAAACCAAUCAGAUCGGGGCCUUCUUACCGUUUGAGAUUUUCGCGCGAGGAACAGUCAGAUCUGGGUGUGCAGAUUAAGUAAGAAGAUCAUGGCUGGAGACAUGUUACUGAUGUCGGGGCUGGUCAGGCUGAGACCCAGGGCAGUGCAAACACAAGCCCUGGCAGCUUGCAGUGGACGAAGAGCUUUUGCCACAGGAAACAUCCAUACUGCACCAUUGAAGUUGCAGGCUGUCAGGUGCAGAUCACAGUUCCUCAGUCCAAGAGCAACUGUGGGUGCUACCCAGUAUCAGCCCUAUUUUCUAGAAAGCGGCUGUGGUUCUGGACUCACAGGGCCAUGUAGAUACAGACAAGAUGAGAUGUUGAGCCUUGGGAUACGAAGCAGGGAAGAUGCAAACACAGUAAACCUGGGGAGAUCCACAGGCCAUCUCCUUAAAGCAUGCAGGGAUGGUGGACUACAUCCCUCCGGACAGAGGCGAUGGACACAUCAAGACCACUCGUCUGUGGGCAGCACGAAGGCUGGGGCUGUGGAGGGAACAGGGACAACCAAAAAGAAAGACUCGACACGGCACAAGCAAACACUCAGUGAGACUGCUCGAGAGAGGAAGGUGCCAGUCACUAGAAUUGGGAGGCUAGCCAACUUUGGAGGGCUAGCAGUAGGCCUUGGCAUUGGAGCCAUUGCGGAGGUGGCGAAGAAGAGUCUUAGGUCAGAGGACAAAUCUGGAAACAAAAAAGCCAUCCUGGACUCCAGCCCUUUCCUGUCCGAGGCGAAUGCGGAGAGGAUUGUCCGGACGCUGUGCAAAGUGCGAGGUGCUGCCCUGAAGCUGGGGCAGAUGCUGAGUAUUCAGGAUGAUGCCUUCAUCAACCCUCAACUGGCAAAAAUCUUUGAACGUGUGCGGCAGAGUGCAGACUUCAUGCCCACCAAGCAAAUGAUGAAAAGCCUGAACUCUGACCUGGGGCCGAACUGGAGGGAUAAGCUGGAGAUGUUUGAGGAGCGCCCGUUCGCUGCCGCCUCCAUUGGGCAGGUCCACCUGGCCAGGAUGAAGGAUGGCCGGGAAGUGGCCAUGAAGAUCCAGUACCCUGGUGUGGCCAAGAGCAUCAACAGUGAUGUGAACAACCUGAUGACAGUCCUGAGCAUGAGCAACGCUUUACCUGAGGGCCUGUUUCCUGAGCACCUGAUCGAGGUGAUGAGUCGGGAGCUGGCGCUGGAGUGUGACUAUGUGCGAGAAGCCAAAUGUGCGAAGAAAUUCAAGGAGCUUCUGAGGGGCCACCCAUUCUUCGACGUGCCUGAUGUAGUGGAGGAGCUGAGCAGCCGCCACGUCCUCACCACUGAGCUGGUGAGCGGGUUCCCACUGGACAAGGCCGAGGACCUGCCCCAGGAACUCCGCAAUGAGAUCUGUGAACAGAUCCUGGUGCUGUGUCUAAGGGAGCUCUUCGAGUUCAGGUACAUGCAGACCGAUCCCAACUGGUCCAACUUUUUCUUUGACCCACAGACCCACCGGAUGGCGCUGCUGGAUUUUGGAGCUACGCGAGGCUUUGAUGCCAGCUUCAUUGAUGUAUACAUUGAGGUGAUCAAAGCAGCAGGCGAGCAGGACAGACAGGGGGUCCUCCAGCGAUCCAUCGACAUGAAGUUCCUCACUGGCUAUGAGUCAAAGGCCAUGGAGAACGCCCACGUGGACGCGGUGAUGAUCCUGGGCGAAGCGUUCGCCUCCGCUACACCGUUCGACUUCGGCGCGCAGAGCACCACAGAGCGCAUCCACAACCUCAUCCCCGUCAUGCUCAAACAGAGGCUGACCCCGCCCCCGGAGGAGACCUAUUCGCUGCACCGUAAGAUGGGCGGCUCCUUCCUCAUCUGCUCCCGCCUCAAGGCCAAGAUCAGCUGCAGGGACAUGUUCCAGGAGACCUACAGCAAGUACUGGAGUAACCGUCAGAAAGAUCUCAGCCAGUGAGACCAGGUGAAGGUAGACUUUAUUUUGUUUAUUGGCAGGUUUGUUGUCUUCUGUCUUGGUUUGACGGAUGUGCAUGUGUGACAAGAUACAUCCAUUUAUUAUUGGCAUGAGGUGGACCAUCACAGAAUAAUCAGACCUCAUGUUAUGCCAGAUCAAAUUAGUUUUUUUUUUUGUCAUAAUCAUUUGUUGUGAUGUUUUGAACAUUUGAAAUGCAACAUUUCAAAUCAUGUCGAUUUAAAAAAUAUAUAUUUUCGUAGUAAAAUGCACAAGUCAUUUCAUGUCUUCCAUCUGAGACGUGAGGGGAUGAGACACAUCAGAAAUGAUCAAAGUGAUGAAGCCGUUUCCACGUUUUCUGCUGUUUAUGAGAUCAGAUGAAUCUCCUAAAACUGUCUCAGCUAGACAGUUGUGUAAGAGAACUUCAGCCAUAUGCUGUGAUCAAGGUUUUCUGUAAUGGGUUUUGUAUUGUCAAGACAAUAAAUUAAAUAAUUUAAAAUAAAGAAACAUUUUUGAAUAGCAAAAAAUAAGUGAAUGCAAAUAAAGUGAGUGGAUCAUGGAAAUAAAUAUGAAUUGAUUCAAA